AUGAUAGUUGCACAUUACAGCAGAGGAGCGCUUCUCAGCAAGAAGGUCCUGGGUGCUCCGGUUUCCUCCAGUACUUUGUAUGAGGACGAUCUGGCUACGAUCCCAAAACUGGCGGAGAAACUGACUUUGGAGCUGGUGCAUCACAUUGAGCUUUCCCUGCCUCGACUUGAAGAACAGAUAGAAGAGAAACUGGCCCAAACUCAUCUGGAGCUGGAGAGAUACGGCAGAGGACCUCCGUCUGAAGCUGGGCAGAGGCUGAUCUUCCUCAUGGAUAAAGUAACAGCCUUCACUCAGGACGCUCUCAGUUUAACGACCGGAGACGAACUCAAGUGUGGAGAGAAGCUCAAUGUCUUUUCCACACUCAGGAAAGACUUUGCAAAAUGGAAGGAUAUUCUGGACAAAUCUGGGACUAGCUUUAAUAAAAACGUUGAGAAAGAAGUUGGAAUUUAUGAAGAAACCUAUCGGGGAAAAGAGCUGCCUGGUUUCAUCAACUAUAAAACCUUCGAGUCUAUGGUGAAGGCGCAGGUCAAACAGCUGGAGGAACCGGCGAUCAGGAAGCUCAAGGAGGCAGCAGAUUCUAUCAGGAAGAUGUUUCUACAGUUGGCCUACAGUAGCUUCAUAGGAUUCCCAAAUCUUCUGAAAGCUGCAAAGAACAAAAUAGAAAUGAUAAAGCAAGAGAAGGAGGCCAUUGCAGAGAAGAUGUUACGCACUCAGUUCAAGAUGGAGAUGAUUGUGUACACCCAGGAUCGGACCUACAGCUGCAGCCUACACGACCGAAACAAAGAAGACGCUGAGGACAGGCAGAGGACAGGCAGAACCAGAAGCAUUAUGUACUACAUGGACAACAGUGCAACUCUCUAUGAGCUGAUGAUGCAUAUUAAAUCCUAUUACCAAAUUGUAAGUCAACGCCUGGCGGACCAGAUUCCAAUGGUCAUUCGUUACCAGUUGCUGGAAGAGUUGGCCGUAGAGCUCCAGAGGCAGAUGCUGCAGAUGCUCCAAGACAAAGAUAAUGUGGAGUCUCUGCUCAAAGAAGAUUACGACAUCGGCUCCAAACGAUUGGGAUUACAGCAUCGUCACAAGCGUCUCAUGAAAGCUCGAGAAUACUUGGUUUGCUUCUAG